ACGAUAUAUACCUCAAAGCAGAUCACGAACAUCAACGGUAUUAAAAUAACAAAUAUAAUUCCUAAAGAAAAAAGCGCGUUAAUUUGUAUCGGAUAUAAUUUGUUAGGUAACUAUGAAGGUAUGCAAAGAGCUUUAGCUUAUAUAAGUAAGGAUGGUUACAUAAUGUCUUUCGAUAAAGUGGAGGCUCCUCUUAACGAACACUUAACUAUAUUGACUAAAUACAAAUUACCAUCAGGGGUAUUUAUUCAUUUAUUAAGAAGAACUAAAGAAUAUCAAGAACCUAUUUAUAUUGAAGUAAACGAUGAUUAUAAGUGUUGGCUUCCUCAAGUGCAAAACAGUUUGAAGUCCUCGAAGAGAAUCUUGCUUUAUUCCGAUAAAGAUCCGACCAAUGGUAUAUUGGGUUUAGUUAACUGCUUGAGGUGCGAAGAUGGUACAAAAAAUGUGUACUUUGUGUUCAUUCAGGAAGGAAGGAAAUUUAAUGAAAAAAGUGAGUUUUUCAAACAGCAACUGCAGAAGGGCCUGGCGUUUAACGUAUUAAGAGGAAGCACCUGGGGCACUUACCGACAUAUGUUGUUGAAUCAUGCAGAAAAAUUAGAAUUCCAAAAGUGCGAUCAUUACUACGCAAACGUGCUAAACAUUGGAGAUCUUUCGACUUUAUCUUGGUUAGAAGGAUCAAUUAAAAGUGAACAAACAUUAAAUAAUAAUAAUUUCGUUGAGGUUUAUUAUUCUGCUAUUAACUUUAGAGAUAUCAUGACAGCUUCAGGUAAAGUACCAGUUGAUGCAGUGUCAAAGAAGAGAAAUGUACAAAACAACAUCAAUGGUUUUGAAUAUUCAGGAAAGAAGCUUGAUGGAACAAGAGUAAUGGGUUUUCUAGUUGGUGGUGCUAUUUCUAAUAUAAUAGAAAGUGAUCCAGUAUUGAUGUGGAACGUACCAAAUGGAUGGAGUUUGGAAGAUGCGGCCACUGUUCCUGUGGUAUACGCAACUGUCAUCCUGGCCAUGAAAUUUAGAGGAAACGUAAAGAAGGGUCAAACCGUGCUGAUACAUUCAGGAACCGGAGGUGUCGGUCAAGCGGCCAUCAACUGUGCUCAUCAUUGGGGUUGCGAAAUUUUUGUAACAGUCGGUACAGAAGAAAAAAAACAAUUCUUCCUACGACAAUACCCGUUCUUGAAAGAAACGCACAUCGGUAAUUCUCGAAAUUCAACGUUCGAGCAUAUGGUUAUGAGAAAUACCGGUGGACGAGGUGUUGAUAUUGUGCUAAAUUCUUUGGCUGAAGAAAAACUUGAAGCUUCAGUUCGCUGCUUAUCUGCAGGCGGUUGCUUCUUAGAGAUUGGCAAGUUUGAUUUGGCGCGAUGUAGCAACUUGGCUUUAGAUUUAGUAUCUAAAGGUUGCACUUUUCAUGGGUUCAUGUUGGAUGCUUUCACUGUCGCUGCAGAUAAUAUUAAAAGAUGUGUGUAUAAUAUGAUGCAGGAUGGAAUCGACGAUGGAUAUGUUAAACCUCUAGUAAGGAUGGUUUUUGAGAAAUCAAGCUUGGAGCAAUCAUUUAAGUACAUGUCAACUGGUAAACACAUUGGCAAAGUACUUAUAAAAAUUAGAGAAGAGGUUCCUUCUCCUAGUAUAAACGAAGAAACUAAGAUAGUUUUACCAAGAUUCUCUUGUGAGCCGAUUGGUUCUUAUAUAAUAUUAGGUGGUUUGGGGGGUUUUGGAUUAGAAUUGGCGGAUUGGUUGGUGCUGCGCGGCGCAAAAACUUUAAUAAUAUCUUCAAGAACUGGAGUUAAAACUGGUUAUCAGCAAAACAGAAUUAAGAUUUGGCAAUCGUAUGGAGUUAAUGUAAUUAUUGCACUCGAAGAUAUUUCUAAUUAUGAAAAUUGUAAAAAACUGAUAAUUAAAGCAGAAAAUGUUGCUCCGGUUUACGGAUUUUUCAAUUUGGCAGUUGUAUUAAGAGAUUCUAUGUUGGAAAACCAAACUGCAGAAAACUUUAAGUCCUCAAUGUUAGCGAAAGCUGUGGCUACGAAACAUUUCGACAAGAUCACCAGGUCCUCAAAGACGUUAAAACAUUUCGUGGUAUUUUCUUCAAUUACCAGCGGAAGAGGUAAAUUGGGUCAGACAAACUAUGGUAUGGCCAAUUCUUCGAUGGAAAGAAUAUGUGAGAUGAGACGAAAAGAUGGAUUCCCUGGUUUAGCUAUCCAAUGGGGUGCAAUUGGAGAUGUCGGAAUAGUAACUCGUUUGCAGAAGUUGCACGAGGAUGUUGUUCUAUCUGGUACUAUCCAGGGAAUUUCUAGUUGUUUGGAAGUUCUUAAUGACUUGUUGCUGCAAAACGAGCCUGUAGUUUCCAGUUUUGUGCUUCCUAAAAAAAUAAACGAGGAGAAUGCACAUAGUCUUGUCGUCGACGUUUUCAAAUUUUUAGGUCUUCGUGAUAUAAAGACAGUCAGUCCUAAUAGCACUCUCGCCGAACUUGGUAUGGAUUCGAUGAUGGUCGUCGAGAUACGGCAAUUGUUGGAAAAUAACUAUGCUAUCUUUAUGAAAGCAAAUGAGAUACGAAACCUAACUUACACAAGAUUGACGGAAAUUAGCAACAAACUUACUUGACCUACAUGGACGAUAUUCUAUUUUAUUUUAACUAUUUCUACUUUAGUUGAUUUUCAUAUUUACAAUUUUUGUUCAUUGAAAUUUUUAAAAAUAAAGUUACGUUAAUUUGAAUUGGAUAACAAAUAUUGCUAAAGCAUUAAAUAUCUUAACUGCACUUGGAAAAUAUUUGUCUAAAGGGUCACAAAGACAGAAUGUUGUUUCAUGUUUAACCACUCUGUAAACCGUUAUCUUAUUAUUAUUAUUAUUGA